AUGACCGUUCGGCCCACUCUGCGCAUCGUACGCGAAGAGUCCAAUGGUAAUAUGUGGGCUACUCUUCUCAAAGCAGAAGGUAUUUCCGACUUGAAGACGUAUAUGACAGCUUCCUCGGAAACCAGCGAAUUUGGAUGGCGCUAUGGGAUCACCACAGACUUUCGUAAACAUAGAGAAAUCAAAUUCUGCAUAAUCCAAGUUGAUCUUACCGACAUCACCGCGCAUGCGAACCCUGACGCUUUCAAGUUACACUUCUCUUGCACAUUUGGAGACAGCUCCACUCUGAAUGGCGAAUUUGAUGAGACUUCUAAGUUACUCCCUCCUCUCCAGUCCUACGGCAUUUCCGUCGAGGGCCAAGUAGGACUCAUUCACAAGAUUAAUACUAUCUCCACAGCCAACGAUGGCUUCCUCGUACUUGUAACGGCGCGCGUUGACGGAAAUUUGGUGGCUGCACAUGAAGCUUUCCAUCAGUGGGUUGAGACAGCCCCCGGGAAGAUUGAAGCAACGGACUUGGCAACGGACAUACUAGUCAAGAGCAUCUCGAGUGGCGCCUUUGCUCAUACUCAGUUCAAUGCCUUUACGCGGCGGCGAAAAGAAAGAGAUUGCCAGCGUCUCUCUCACCCUCGGCCCCUGUAUGCUGCAUCAGUGGCGCUUGAAGGUCUCAAGGCUUACGGCGUUGGAGACCUGGAUGACAUUGAUCAAACAUCUUGGCGCGCCCUUGUGUCUGAUUCUAGCUGCGAGCGAGACUUCUUGGACGUGAGCGAUGAGUACGAAGAAGACAGUGAUCUCGAUCUCGAUGAAGAAGCUGUGAUUGAGGAAGUAUCCCAGGACGUGGCUAGUAUUUCGGUUUCCGGUGAUACCGCCUCUGUAGGAUCCUCUGCGUACUCGAAAGUUACAUAUGGUGAAAUCGGAGCAGCUGCUUCGCCACACGCGGCUCGGAAAUUUGUGGUCACAGGAGCUGCGUAUAAGACAUGGAAGACGUUCUUAGUUUACGUAUACACUGGGAAGAUCAAGUUCUCCACUCUCACCUCUAGGAAGUCCGGUAACUCCAAAGAUACAGAUACAUCUGAUGAGCAGUUCUAUGGUUCCCAGUGUUCGCCUAAGUCAAUGUAUCGUCUGGCUCACAAGCUUGGCAUUGAGCCAUUGAAGAGACUUGCUUUUGAAGCGAUUCGCUCUAACAUCAUAAUUGAGAAUAUAUUG